CUUCCAAUCGAAUCAAACGGAAGCAGGCUGUUUCAGGCCUGGGUCACAAAGCGAACUUUCAUUUUUUGCAUUUGAGCACCUCAAUACUCUUCAUGACCAAAAAUCUCGAAGUUGCAAAGAUUUUAACGAAAUGCUGGUAGAUCGAGUCGAAAACAACGAGAAACAACAGCAACAGAUGGCGUCAUCUUCCGACGCGAUGUCGGACUCCUCUCUUUCGGACGAUGAGAUUAUCGAGCACGUUGUCCAUGGGAAAGAACCAAAGUCGACAUACGAACUUUCUUGGGUAUCCAAUGCGAUCGCUUGGAGCGGUGCUUUGGUAUGGCCUCUGAUGCUGACGGUCCCUUUGCUUCUUUCGUCGAUGUACUCCCCGAUUUCAUAUCGACAAGUUUUUCCCGAAAGCUGGUACGUCUACGACACGUUAUCAAAUUGCGCACCCAAGCCACUUGGUCUGGUGCUGGGCAUUCUAGCAGUCGCCGUGGGACAGGUAUUUGUAUGGAUUUUCUUUUAUUUGUUCAAGUUUGGGUACUUGGGUACGGACCCUCGGUCGAUUCAAAGCAAGGGAGCGCGAGAGUACAUAUUCCGCGAGGGUCUUCUUACCCAUAUCGGUCAGCCAGAAGGCUUUGUACUUUUGAUUGGUUACUUAGCAAUAACCUGGAUGCUGAAGCUUAUGCCACAAAGCUACUACUCGUUCGAAGGGACUAUUCAGUACAAAGAACUAUUUAUGUGUUUGGUUCUUCAAGACGGUAUCCAGUACACGAUGCAUGUUCUCGAGCACAUUGUAUCACCAGCCUUUUAUCAAAUGUCGCAUAAACCGCAUCACCGCUUCACCAAUCCUCGUCUGUUCGACGCCUUCAAUGGAUCACUAAUGGACACAUUCUGCAUGAUUAUUAUUCCACUCUUUGUUACCGCCAACCUUGUGCGACACUGCAAUGUUUGGACGUACAUGGCGUUUGGUUCGUCCUACGCAUGCUGGCUGACAUUGAUUCAUUCCGAAUACGUCUUUCCUUGGGACGGCAUUUUUCGAAAGCUCGGAUUGGGUACUCCUGCUGACCAUCAUGUUCAUCACAAGUUUUUCAAGUUUAAUUAUGGACAUUUGUUCAUGUGGUUUGAUCAGCUUGGAGGCACCUAUCGUGAUCCUAGCGGAUUCGCUCCCCGCGUGUUUCGAGAAAACGUGUAGUGGUACCCUUUAAAUUUCCUUGUGCUUCUUGUAAGGAUCGUAGCGGUGAAAUAUAGUAAAAUGUGUUUCUUUCAGUGUACUCCUCUUUACUGUCAGUCAACAUGGAAAAAAAGUUUUAAAGUACAGACGUUUCAUACUUUGCUGAAAAGUAUGUUCCGAGAUGUUCAAUCCUCAUUGAUCCCAGAAAAUGUUCCACAUCGACCGGGUCGUUUGGCUGUACGGCUUUAAACUCGACAGUCUUAGGCAGCAACGGACUCAAAUGAAACGAGUUGUCAGUAAACCUGCCAUCUGCGGCACUAGACAAAACAACGUAAAGAGCAAGCCUAUUGGUUUGUAGUUGCAUCAGAACACGGUGUGGGCUGGACUCCAGAAUUUUCAGACCUAUACGUGUUUGAAGUAACAAUCCUGAAAGGUUGUGGGGAACCUGCCACAAAUAUGCACUCUCCUUCAUCAAAACGCGCCCAUCACGCUUGUCUGUGACUCUGACAAUAGCAACCUCUGCAUCUCGCAAUAGUUCAGAAUUCAGUGAGAAUCGUUGCGUUUGGGCAGCAUUACCUUCUAAAUAUGUUUCCCAUCUACUACUUCUUAUGGGCUUCCUGAGAGCGAAAUUCCAUGCUUCAACAUUUACGACAACGUUUACUCCAUACACCCCAUAGUUUUGAACGUAGCAAUUUCCUUCGGACCCACAAGCCGCAAGCACGUCCCGAUACAGGGCAUCUCGAAGUAUAAAAAACACUGGCUUCCAUCUCCCCCCGACAAUUUGGAGUGGCAAGCCUUUUCCAGAUCCAUAUUCGAGCAGACCCCAGCCACCCGUUGGCCAGUUCUCGUUUAGUUGCCAAAUCAACGUUCCCAGAGAGUUCUUUGAACGUUGAGUCUCAAUUUCUGAUUUCAGCCAAAGUGUUUGGCUUAUCAUGCACAUGUACAGUUGCUUUUGGAAAGCUUCGGAACCCACGUCGUCAAGAGACACGUUUCCGAAAUAUAUUUGGAUUUUAUUAUCACACGGAUAGUUUCUUUCGGCCAUGGCAUUUUCUCCGUAGCAUCGACUUUCGUCCCCAAUAGCAGGCUCACAAAUGUCCGGCAAUUCUCCACCAUGUAGGCCCCAAGCAUGCACAGGAAGCAAUGCCGACAUGGACUCGAAAGAGGAGAACGCCGAUGACCCAAAUUCGGAAACAAAAACGUUUGGAUGCGCUGGGCCUGUAGCUCCUUCGAAAGAAAACACAGGAGGAAGUUUGCUUUCAAACGUGUUGUUCGUGAGCAUACCGUUGACGCCCGAAUGGGUUGGUGAAAAUCCUCUAUGGUAAGGUCCGUGUGUCUCCAAUGCUGAUUUUCCCGUUGUGUUUCGGAUACACAAGGGUUUGCCGUUCGGCCUACCAUCGAUUGUACGGACGCCUGACUCCCAACCGUAGUCCGAAGGACUGCUUGGCCAAAUAGCUCGCGAUUUGUCCAAGUUGGCAACGGCGGCAAGAACGAAAUUUUGAUAGACAUCCAUGUUUCCUCCAUCGUACGUGCAUUCAUUGCAGCCACUCCAAAGAACAAUAGAAGGAUGUUCAGCUAACCUUUGAAUCGUUAUCUCGAUUUCGCGCUCCACGCCUUCGGUGACCGUAGCACCAUGCUUUUGUUCCCCGACAAACAUGAGAUCAUGAUAAAGCAAAAUUCCGAGCUCAUCGCAGGCAUCAUAAAAUGAGUCGGGUAGUACAGCACCACCACCCCAGACGCGAAGCAUAUUCAUUCCUGCAUCCGCUACAGACUGCACCAAUUCCCUGUGUCCCAGGUUUGUCCAGCGUCCUUCUAACUGAUCCAUCGGGACCAUGUUGGCACCGCGGCUAUAAACCAGAGCACCAUUAACUCGAAAGUACAUACCAUGGUGUCCUGAUCCGUCCUGUCCGUCCUGCAUCCUCUGCAAUGUCGUGUCGUCAGUCUCGUUGUUCGUAACCAGCGCAACAGUCCGGAAUCCUAUCCGGCUAGUCAUCCACUUGAUCGGAUCAUCGUGAUAACUUUGUAGCGAGACACGUACGGUGUAUAAAGGCUGUUCUCCCAAGCCAUUCGGCC